AUGAAUGGCGUUUCAACAUCAGGUGGUGGUGUUCGGGCAGCCCUCUCCUACUGCGUACAGCAAGUCCGCACCUAUGACUACCACCACUACCUCUGCCUUCUUCACCUCCCUCCCCUCGUGCGCAAGGCUGCAUUUGCUCUUCGUGCAUUUAAUAUUGAGACUGCCAAGGCCAUGGAUGCCUCCUCCAAUCCCCCGGUUGGUCUCAUGCGCCUCCUCUGGUGGCAAGAAGUGGUGGACAAGAUAUUUUCUGGCAAGCUCGUGGAGCACCCAGUGGCACAGGCUCUCUCUUCUGUAAUCGGGGAGCAGAGAAUCAGUAAGCAUUGGCUCAAGAGGUCAGUCGAAGCCAGGAUAAAUGACGCGAGAAGGGAACCCGGCGAAGCACCAGAAACAAUAAAGGAGAUAGAGAAGUAUGCAGAAGACACUCAAUCCACCAUCCUAUAUAUGAUCCUCCAAGCUGGUGGGAUUCGAACUGCUACGGCAGAUCACGCAGCCUCUCACAUUGGGAAGGCAGACGGACUUCUCCUGCUUCUCAAAUCCUUACCUUACCAUUUGAACCGGGCUGGGAGAGUUUCUUAUAUGCCGGCUGAGGUGGCAAGAAAGCACGGCAUAUUGGUCACCGGACAAGGCCGUUCGGAGAUCCUUCUGGAGCCCACCGAGCAAUUCUCUGAAGCGGUCUUUGACGUGGCAUCUGUCGCUAAUGCCCAUCUCAAGAAGGCUCGGGAAUUGUAUAGCUCCGUGCCGGCUGAAGCCCUCCCGGUGCUGUUGCCGGCGGUGCCUGCUCAAGUAUUUCUGGAUUCACUGCAAAGGGUCCAGUUCAAUGUGUUCGACUCGAGGCUAUCCCGUGGUGUGAUGGGCGUCUCCCCGUUAUGGUUUCAGUUGAAGUUGAACUGGCAUGCGUGGAGGAAGUCGUAUUGA